AUGCCUUUGUGGCGGACGAAAUCCAACCAUAGCCAGACCCCUAGCGAGUCCGACCCCAAGAACGACCCGGUCGCUUCAGCUUCCCAGGCCGCAGGGACGGCAUGGCUGGCCGGUCACCCCAAUCAUCUGACCGAGGAGCAAGAGAAAGGCCUGCAGGAGUUCAAGAAACGGUGCGAGGAGACCGGAUACUACAAGGCCGACGCGGGGGAGGGAAAACCUAGUCACGAGGAUGCGACGCUCCUGCGGUUCCUCCGCGCGCGGAAGUUCGAUCUAGAUGGCGCUUGGAACCAGUUCAAGGAUACCGAGGAAUGGCGCAAGGAGAACGCGAUCGAAUCGCUGUAUGAGAAUAUCGAUGUCAACUCGUAUGAGGCUGCGAGGCGGAUGUACCCCCAAUGGACGGGUCGUCGCGACAAGCGUGGAAUUCCCAUCUAUGUUUUCGAGAUUCGAAACUUGGACAACAAGAACAUGGCCGAGUACAUGUCCACCAUGAACUCCGCCGGUGCGACGGCGGAAACCCACCAAUCUUCCAAGGUGCCACAGCGUCUGUUGCGGCUGUUCGCUCUCUACGAGAAUCUGCUUCGUUUCGUCAUGCCUUUGUGUACGCGAUUGUCGCGACCGAACCCCGAGGCUCCCAUUGUGACUUCGACCAACAUCGUUGACGUGAGCGGCGUCGGUUUGAAGCAGUUCUGGAACCUGAAGUCACACAUGCAGGAUGCCAGUGUUCUUGCGACAGCGCAUUACCCUGAGACUCUGGAUCGAAUCUUUAUCAUCGGCGCACCGGCAUUCUUCCCUACCGUCUGGGGCUGGAUCAAGCGCUGGUUCGACCCAGGCACCACCUCUAAGAUCUUCAUCCUCUCCGCCGCCGAGGUCAAGCCCACCCUCUCCUCAUUCAUGGACCUGUCCAGCAUCCCCAAGCAAUACGGCGGCGACCUCGACUGGCAAUGGAACGACAUGCCCAACCUGGACGAGCCCGCCCGUGAGGUCCUCAGCCCUCUGGAAACGCCCCCUGCCGAGGGCGAAACCAAGCCCUCGCUUCUGAAAGGACCGGUCCUCUUCCAUGGCGAUCACAUCGAAAUCCUAGGCAAGGCCAAUGGAGAAAGUCGCAAGUCGAAUAUUCCCGUGCCCGAAUCCGCGCCCGCCCCGGCCCAGGCCGAAAAGUCCGACCCGGAGAAGCCUCAAUCGAACGAUACCCCGGCGGAGAAGCCCGCAGAGACGACCGAGAACGAAAAAGUGAGCGCCGACGAUGUCACUGCGGAAAAGCAGGCUAAUGGGGAUGUUGAGGCGCCGACGCAGACUGUUUCUGCCUAG